GGGCGCUAGGACCCUGCGGACCAGUGAGAGGCUGUUGAUAGCAUUAUGCUAGCAGAGGCUAGUGCUGUCACAAGGAUUCAUGAACUACAUUCACAUCAUAGAUUUUAAUACUUUUAUUGAGACUUAAUCAUGUCUCAGGUGGAGAAGAAGGCAGGGCUGCUGAGGAGGACGUCGUCCUCUAAGAAACCCUUGAAAGAGAAGGUGGUGCUGAUGUAUGAUGAGAUUUUCGGAAAAGAAGACCCAGCCAAAAACAACCCCCGCUUCUGGGAUGAGCUGUUUCUCAUGAAGGUGAACCUAGAGUACCUGGAGUCCAAGUUGGAGAGUGUAGAUGGGGAGGAAGUUCAGCGGAUCCAGGACAACAUCAACUCUCUGUUCCACCACUGUGUUCAGGCUCUGGGAGAGGAGCACCAGAUUAAAGUCGUCAAUGCCCUGCAGACACUCUGUGCACUUUUCCGUGGGGUCCACCAGAAGAACAAGUCUGCGUCUGGCUUUGACAUCAUCAACAUGCUCAUGGGCUUUGACAAGGCUGAGCAAAGGAUGAAGGACCUGAUGGAGAGACUGGACAGCCUUCUUUGUGGAGACGGCUCAGAGAGUCUGAAGAGCCUUUGUCUCAAGCUGCUGCUGUGUCUGGUUACGGUAACGGACAAUAUUAGUCAGAACACCAUCCUGGAAUAUGUGAUGAUCAACAGCAUCUUCGAAGCCAUUUUACAGAUUUUGUCCGAUGUGUCCAGUAGAGGGCAGCAUGGUUAUGAUGCUGUGGUCCUCCUGGCCCUGCUGGUCAACUACAGGAAGUACGAGUCUGUGAAUCCAUACAUUGUGAAGCUCUCCAUUGUGGACGAUGAGCCAACACUAGAUGGAAUGGGUAUGGUCGUCCACCAGGCUCUGACAGAAUAUAACAGGCAGUACAAAGACAAAGAGGAGGAGAACCAGGGCGGGUUCUUCUCUACCCUCACCAGUAUGGUGGGCAGCAUGUUCAUAGCUGACGCGGAUGAGAAACUCUCUGUACAGACAAAUGAGGCAAUUCUGCUGGCACUUUAUGAGGCUGUGCACCUUAACCGCAACUUCAUCACUGUAUUAGCACAGAGCCACCCUGAGAUGGACAUUGCAACCACACCUGUCACCCCUACUCCAACCACACCUACAACACCACUUGGCACAACACCGCCCUCCUUAGACAUGAUGAACAACCCAGAAUUGCCUCUGGAUCCCAACCUGCAGACCAGCAACCUUCUCAUCACCUUCCUCAAGUACGCCUCCAUUGUAAUGCAGGAUACUAAAGAUGAGCAUCGACUCAACAGUGCCAGACUGUGCCUAAUCAUCCUCACCUGCAUAGCAGAGGACCAGUACGCUGAUGCCUUUCUUCAUGAUGACAAUAUGAACUUCAGAGUCAAUCUCCACAGAAUGCCCAUGAGGCACAGAAAAAAAGCAGUGGACAAGAACAUCCCUUCACGGCCGCUGGUGUGUGCUGUUCUAGAUCUGAUGGUGGAGUUUAUUGUCACUCAUAUGAUGAAGGAUUUUCCCAUGGAUUUAUACUUGCGCUGUGUGCAGAUCAUCCACAAACUCUUGUGCUAUCAGAAGAAGUGCAGAAUAAGGUUACACUACACCUGGAGAGAGCUCUGGUCAGCUCUCAUCAACCUGCUCAAGUUCCUGCUGUCAAAUGAGACAACACUGCUGGCCAAGCACAACAUCUUUUAUCUGGCCUUGCUGGUAGUGAACCUUUUCAACAUGUUCAUAACAUACGGUGACACGUUCCUGCCCACCUCCAACAGCUACGAUGAGCUGUACUAUGAAAUCGUACGAAUGCACCAGGUCUUCGACAACCUCUACUGUAUGGUUCUGAGAGUAUCAACCAACACGGGCCAGUGGAAGGAGGCAGCCAGCAAAGUCACGCAUGCCCUUGUCAAUGUUCGGGCCAUCAUCAACCAUUUUAACCCCAAGAUUGAGUCGUACGCUGCUGUGAACCACAUCUCCCAGCUGUCAGAAGAACAGGUGUUGGAGGUGGUUCGGUCCAACUACGACACACUGACGCUCAAACUGCAGGAUGGUUUGGACCAGUUUGAGAGGUACUCGGAGCAGCCCAAAGAGGCUGCCUUCUUCAAGGAGCUGGUGCGCUCCAUCAGCCUGAAUGUGAGGAAGAAUGUCUCUCUGAACACACUGAGUCAGGACGUCCUGCUCAAAGAGUUUUCCACCAUCUCCUGAGACACACACACACAUCCAGCCUCCUCCUCCCUUCAGACGGACAUACACUGUACAUUUGUGUGCUUGUGGACAUGUACACUUACCUUAAUACAAACACCAAGUACAAUCCCUGAUUGUUCUUUCCAUGAUUCGUCUCGAGUCCUCAUCCUCCGCCUCCCGCGAACUGAACAGUGGAAACAGAGACGGACAUGCUGACAGGCUGGAUGCACCUAAAGGAAAGACCUGAGAACUCUCCGGACUAGCUCCCUUUGUGGUCGUUCGCAUGUGUGUGUGAUAACUUAAGGAAGUGCCCGUAUUGCACUGGUUCUUGGUGUGCAAUCUGCAGUAUUGGCCGGACUGUUAACUGACACAUGAAAGUUUAGAUUUAAUUGAAAUCAAGUAUUUUUAACUCAGAUGUUCAUCUCAAACUUUUCUGUCACUGAUGAUGUUGUAAGUAGCUUUCACAGUACAGACUUAUGAUUUAUCUCUCCAAUAAAUAUUUCAGAAGAUGUAGGCUUUGAGUGCAACAUGUCAUUCCUAACAGCAUCAGUAAUCGUGACCCUGAGCCUUUUUCGAUUUGAAUCUUACUGUAAAUCCUCUUAGAGCAUUAAUGCUUUCUUUGCAGAUGAGUACUUGUUGUGGGAAUGUUAAUUUAAAACAUUUCUCUCAGUGUUCGAAACAAACUUAUAAGUGAUUUGUAUUUCCAUGUUUGCUAAGGGGUAGAUUAUUUUGAGCUGUAGUUAAGUUGAGAAUGCUCUGAAGUGAUGAAACCCCUUUUUUUAUUGUUGCAAAUCUUUUGCUUUUGAACAAAGCCAUGACUAACAUUCACCACUGCACGUCACACAAGUCAUCAUCUCAUGAAUCUGAAUGUGUUGGGUGGUUAGAGUAGAAGGCAAACUGUUGGAACAAAGGUUAAAUGUUAUGAUCCAUUUCAGUGUUGCUGGUGUGUCUCUGGCACAUGAAGUCACUGUAGUGAUAAAAAACAUCCCGGCUCGUUCUCAUCCAGAACAUUUGAAAUGAUUUGACUGGAAGCAGAUCUUAAUUAUGCAAUUUCUUCUUCACGUGUAGGGUCUUGUUUCUUUCAUCUUUAACUCCUGUAGGUAUAUUUAUGUUCCUUUUUUAAAUAAAGGUUGGUUUCCUACUAC